AUGCCGCGAUCAAGUUUCUCAGAUAACCCCCUGCUGCGGGUAUCGCGGCCUGUAUCGGCCUGCUCGCGAUGUCGAGCUGCAAAAGUCAAGUGUGAUGGCAAGCUUCCAGCCUGCACUGCCUGUGAGAAGGCAGGUCGCGAAAAUGAGUGUUCCUCGGCCAAUGAUCAGUUCGCUAGAGGCAAGGAGAGAAGUUAUGUAGCGGCCCUGGAGCUUAGAGUUGAAAAGCUGGAGAAGCGGUUGGCGUUUGCGAGAUCGCGCAAGGCAUCGGUUAAUCUUCAUGAUGUCGAUGAAGCGACGGCGGCUCCUGCUGACCGUAAGGACUCUCUGGCCAACAUUCGAGCCGCGAUCCACCGCAAAGCUGCCCGUAAGAGGGAGGACUCGGAUGUCAACGCACUUGUGUCUGACUUCGGCUUCUUAUCCGUCAACGCAACAACUCGCGAUUUUGAACCAUCCGUGAGCGGCAUGACGUUCGCCCGCCUGGUGCUAGCUGCCGCGACCAACGACGAGGUAACGGAUCCAACGGAGGACAGUUUCCCAACCAGAGCAGAGGCCUUUGCCACUGUCCAGUAUUACAUGGCCAACAUCUACUCACUGUUCCCGUCAUUCUCGGAGACUCACCUACUCACCGUCUUGGACGAUGUCUAUCAGCAAGAUGAAAGAGUCAAGGACAGGCUCAAGGAUGCCGACUUCUGGCUACUGUACAUGGUUCUCGCUAUUGGAUAUGCGGCUCAGAGCAGAGAUAAAAACGAUGACUUCUCUCGCCGCGGUCUCGACUUUGUCGCUCGCGCCUUGCCUUUUGCUGACAAGGCACUGAUGCCUGGAUAUCCAAGCCAGAUUCAGUCGCUCAUCCUCUUCACGCAAUACUCAAUGCUCGACCCUGGCCAUUUCGACAGCUGGUACCUGAUCGGAUUUGCGAGUCGUGCUGUGGUUGACUUGGGAUUCCAUCAAGAUCCGCCGCAGCUCCAGGUUCCCGAUAAGGCUGCUCUCGACCUUCGGAGGAAAAUGUUUUACUGCGUAUAUGCACUUGACCGGAUGAUCAGCAUGGUUCGCGCCAGAUCCUUCUCCUUCACAGAUGAUUCCAUCAAUGUCGAGUAUCCCAGCAACUCUGGGUUGACUUCUGGUCCGAUCACUGGCCCUCAAUCAGCAGACUCGGCGUUAGUCUUGUUCCAGCUUCGUCGACUCCAGUCCGAGUGGUAUCAAACACUAUUCCAGGGAGACGCAGCGCCACUUUCAGAUGCCGCCUCCUUCAUUUGGCAGAUGUGCCUGGAAAUGAGAGAGUGGCACGAAUCACUGCCUGAUAACCUACCUUCGGGCAUCCGCGAGUUCUUCGAGCUCGAGCUGAGAUACAGCUACAUUCACUGUCUUGCGCCUAGCGAUCGCCAGCCACACCUGACUGAUUACACCCGCAAACUGAUUUUUGAAAAUGCCAUCGCAUACAUGAACACAAUUCACGGUGUCGUCCAUGGUUCUGUCAACACCGCCUUCUACUCCUCGCUCGACGCUCUCAAGGUCUUCUUCGUGGCA